UGGGCUGGCAGCUGGCAAGUGAUGCCAGGGGCUUGGAGCCAUGCUGACUCUCCUCCGGAUGUGUUUGUUGACAACGACCACGGCUUUGGACUGCUGGACCAAAGACUUGACACCUGAUAGAUGUUGUCCCAUGAACGACGACACACAUUCAUGUUUCGGCGGGCCAUUCACCCAUAGAAUCUGUUGUACCUCGCCCACCCCGGUGCUAAGCGGUUGCAGCUGCACGUCUUUCUACUUGCAAGAAGCUGCUGCCUUUCUGCUGUCCAUUCGUGGCAACUACAUAAGCCCAGCAGAAGUCAACGGGUGGGAUUGGAAGUAUCAUCCAACCAACUGCGAUUCGGGAAGUUUGCGGGCAGCUUUAGCACGAGCUUCCAAAAGAACAGAUGAUGAAUGUGUGAAUUUAGAGAAGCUGCACUACCUCGUGUCGUGCGGUCUCCGGACUGGUUGGUGGUUGCAAGACAAUCUUGCCAUUGAUGAAUUCUGGAAUGAGAUCAUGACUUUGUCCAUCAAAUUGUUGUCAUCGACUUGCCACGGACUUCUCAGCCCACAAGAAGUUUUCCACAACUACAGACGAUUUCAGGGGACUUACCUCUCGAACUCUGAAUUCUGGAAAAGUAGAAGCUUUGAAUGGCAAAGAAGUGGAUCAUUGGAAACACCAACAUCUGAUCCAAGGUGCAAUGGAGUCACAUUUCGGCGCCCCACUGUCCAUUGUGCAGUAAUGGGACGAUUACCCGAAGAGAUAGCGCUGGCGCGGUCGAUCAUGCAGACCUGGGGCAGGGAUUGCGAUUCGAUUCAGAUGUACGUUGCCCAGGUUCCAAUGGGUGCAACCACCUGGCAAGAUCGUAGAUCUGGCAUCCAAGUCAUGAAUCUUGCCAGGAGAUAUCCAGUUUUGCAAAGACAUCCAGACCAAGUUGGCCAUUUCUCAGGAGAUUUGCAGUUCAUGAAAAGCAAGUUUCAGACAACAAAUCUAAUCCGAAAGACUCUUGCCAUGUGGCAUUGGGUUGGAACCCAGGGGCCUCCUUCGGAUUUUGUUUGCCGCUUGGAUCCAGACACUCUGUUUUUAGUCGAUCGUUUUCGGACAUAUCUGCAUAGGCACUGCCUCAGGAAGAAUAGCAUGGUUUAUCUCGGGCAAGUGCUUCACUAUAUGCAAAGGCAUGUGGGUGCCUUUCCAGAUGGUGGUUCCGGGAUUUGCUUGCCAUGGAAGGCAACUCAAAAGUUUGCAUCUUUGUUGGAGGAACGAGUACAUCAGUAUGCCGGAGGGGAUCAAGCUACAGGUUUGCCAGAGAGCUGCCAAAUGCUGCCAGGGCAUUUCGAUGAUGUGGUCACCGGUCUAUGCUUUCAAAUCAUGGACCUCCUCCCUCAUCAUGCCCUGCAAUCUUCGUCAGGGCAAUAUCUGUUCAAUGGUGACAUGGUACCACAGCACACCACGGGGACGUUGAACGGCAGCUUUGCCAACUGGAGUUUUUUUCGCCGCUUGCAUCACCUAUUUCAAUGUGAGACUCAUUGCGAAGAUUGCAGCUGCAGCAGUAUCAACCCAGAAUUCUGGGUGGAUGAAAAAACUGCAAUCACUUUCCAUAGAUACAAAAAUGCCACUGGAAUGCGACUAGCUUACCACCAGCUGCGUGCUUUGUGAGACCUUGGCGCCUGUGGCAGAUGCAUUUCUCAACCUCCUGCAGCGUGUCCUUGCCUGCAUGGUGAGUUGUAACAGUUGAUGAAAAAAGUGC